ACAUAUCAUGUCUUGAAGGUCUACAUGUUUCCUCUACCUUUGGCAUGAGUUUUUUUUUUCAUUACUAUUUUUGUGCUCCAGCAUCUUUUGUCGGGGAUUGCUACCAGUUCUCUACUUCAGCUUUCAAUCAUCGAGACGCGACCCAGGCCUGCAGCACCAAUGACGGCCGCAUGGUGGAUGUGAAAGACAGGCAGCAGCAACAGUUCCUGGCCAACUCCAUCGCGGCCACCACCGGCGUGUCCAACUGGCUGGCCAUGAAAACCGCGCCGUUUCCUGUUUUCUACAGUGAUGGGUCUCCUGUUACAGCUGCUCUACAAUGGGGAGAGGACGAACCAUCGUCCCCGUUGGACCUGUGCGUUCUCCUGGACAGUUCUGACAACUACAAGGCGAAGAAGGCGUUCUGCACGGAGCAACACAACUACGUCUGCCAGGAUGCUCAGAAACCGUGUGAGCCAAACGUGUGUCAGAACGGCGGAAACUGCAGCUCCUGUUUCGGCGGCUCCACCACCUUCUGUGACUGUCUGGAGGGGUUCGGAGGAAAACUCUGUGAAAUCAACAUUGACGAGUGUGCCUCCGGCCCAUGCCAAAAUGGCGGGAGUUGCCUUGACGACAUCAACUCCUACCACUGCAUCUGCCCCACCGGUUACCAAGGAGACAACUGCGAGUCAGACACGGACUGGUGUUCCCAAGUCCAGUGUCCUUUUGGGUUUGUCUGUCAGGAUUUCACCUUAUACUUCCAAUGCGUUUACCCAUCUCCCGUCCCCCGGGGUCUGCCGUACCAGUGCAGCAGCACCUCCUGUCCGGAUGGCAUGAACUGCACCCCUGAAGGCGCGGCAGCCUUCUCGUGCAAGCCUGAGUGACGUCACCACUUGAGCCUCCCACGUGACAACGACCAGCCAAUAGCCGCUUCAUACUUGUCUUGAAACUGUUUUUUAUGGGUGAUUUAGGGUCUUAUUUUAACUUUAGAGUCUAACUAGAGAUAGAUCAAUAAACCACCUGCAGCAAAAAUCA